AAAUAUUAACAGUUUGAAAGAAGUAUUCAAAAGAUUAAGACGUGCUAAAAAGAUUAUUUUAAAAAAUAAAUUAUUUAAUUUAAUAAUAUUUAAAUAAUAAGGUGUUUGUGUUUUAUAAAUUUUUAAAUUUAUUAAAUAAAAAUAUGAAUUCUAAUAUUACUUCAAGUGUGGAAAUUACUGCUGAUUCUACAACAGCAAAUUGUUGUGGUGACAAAAGUUUGUGCUCAAAAUCCUUUCCUGAGAAAAAAUAUAAAGAAGUUCAACCAAAGGGGAAAGAAGUUUCUGGACUUACAUGUGAAUGUGGUGUAUUUGCGGCGAUUGCUUGUGGUGAUUGGCCAACACAGAUUGAUAUCGCCCAAGUCAUCUGUUUGGGUUUAGUUGCCUUGCAACAUCGUGGUCAAGAAUCGGCCGGUAUGGCCACCAGUGAUGGUAAAUCAUCGAAAAAAUUCAAUGUACAUAAGGGCAUGGGCAUGAUUAAUAACUUGUUCAAUGAUGACUCCAUUAAAAGAUUAAAGGGAAAUUUGGGUAUUGGUCAUACGCGUUAUUCCACUGCAGCGGCUUCUGAAAUGGUUAAUUGUCAACCAUUUGUGGUACACACUUCACAUGGUGCCUUGGCUAUAGCUCACAAUGGAGAAUUGGUGAAUUGUGAACAGUUGAGAAGAGAGGUUUUGGAUCGUGGUGUUGGUUUAUCUACCCACAGUGACAGUGAAUUGAUCGCUCAGUCUUUGUGCUGUGCCCCUGAAGAUGUUUCCGAACAUGAUGGCCCUAAUUGGCCAGCUCGUAUACGCCACUUUAUGACUUUGGCACCCUUGUCCUAUUCUUUGGUUGUCAUGCACAAAGAUAAAAUUUAUGCAGUACGUGAUUCCUAUGGCAAUCGUCCUUUGUGUAUUGGUAAAAUUGUACCCAUUACUUUGGGUGCUGGUAAUGUUGAUGAUUGCCCGGCAGAAGGUUGGGUAGUUUCCAGUGAAAGUUGUGGUUUUCUUUCCAUUGGUGCACGUUAUGUACGCGAGGUAGAGCCUGGUGAGAUUGUAGAAUUAACCCGCAAUGGUUUUCGCACAGUGGACAUUGUUGAAAGGCCCGAUUAUAAACGCAUGGCUUUUUGUAUUUUCGAAUAUGUGUAUUUUGCUCGUAGCGAUUCUACAUUCGAGGGUCAAAUGGUUUAUUCGGUUAGAUUGCAAUGUGGUCGUGAAUUGUUUAGAGAAUCUCCAGUGGCGGCUGAUAUUGUUAGUUCUGUGCCGGAAUCUGGUACAGCAGCAGCUCAUGGUUAUGCCAGAGAAUCUGGUUUGCCUUUUGCCGAAGUUCUUUGCAAGAAUCGUUAUGUAGGUCGUACCUUUAUUCAACCUUCUACCCGUUUGCGUCAAUUGGGUGUGGCAAAGAAAUUUGGUGCUUUAUCGGAAAAUUGUGAGGGUAAACGUGUGGUUCUUAUUGAUGAUUCUAUAGUGCGUGGAAAUACUAUUGGUCCCAUUAUCAAAUUACUAAAGGAUGCUGGAGCCGUAGAGGUACACAUUAGAAUCGCUAGUCCUCCCUUGUUAUAUCCCUGUUAUAUGGGUAUUAAUAUUCCUACCCGAGAAGAACUGAUAGCCAAUAAGCUGAAUCCCAACGAAUUGGCCAAAUAUGUGGGCGCCGAUAGUUUGGCCUACUUAAGUGUGGAAGGUUUAGUUCGAGCUGUACAAUAUCGUAAGGCUUCUACAAAUCCCCUUAAAUCUGGCUACUGUACUGCUUGUUUGACUGGAGAGUACCCGGGCGGACUGCCAGAAGAACUGAGUUGGUAGUUCUAGCCCUUAGGACCUAAAAAGUUAUAAACCUUAAUAGCUUAACUGUAGCUUUAUAAUACUAAAAUAAGUUUAAUUUAAUUUCUUUUUUUUUUGUAAAUGUAUUAUUAAAAAUAUGCAUAAACCACACAUACAAAUAAACAUAAUGUUUC